UGAAUCUAAAUAAAUAUGAUACGCAUCAAACAAACAAUAUUGGUAUUAGUUGGUGAGCUGCACAACUAGAACCCACCUAUUAGGGCAAAACCCAGCUCUCCGCUUCAACAAGCCUAGCCUAGUCAAAAAAAGCAUGCCUUUUUCCGAUCACCAACCCUAACCAUGCCCUUGUAGGAGAACAAUAUAAAAGAAGAUCUCAACAGUGGAAGAAAAGUACAAUAUUAUCAAAACAGGGGUUAACCCAAAAAGAAAAGAAAAAACAAACAAAAGAGAAACAUAUUGGGAAAGUGCAUGUUUGCCGAUAUGGAGAGAGCUUUGAUAUGGUGUUGUUGCAUGCUAGCAAUAUUGGGUGCACAAAUAUCAGUCUCAGGAGCUCAGGACUCGGCUUGUUUGAACCAGCUGGUCCCUUGCCUGCAGUACAUCAACUCGAAACAGACUCCCUCGAGCAGCUGCUGCAGCCCUCUCAAGUCGCUCAUCACGUCGGAUCCGCAGUGCCUCUGCAGCAUGCUGACGAGCAACUCCGCGACUCAGCAAGCCGGCGUUAACGUGACUCAGGCCCUGCUCCUGCCCACGAGGUGCGGAGAGAGGGUGAAUGCUGGAUUGUGCACGAGUUCACAAAAGAAGAGGAAUGCAGUUUCAAGCUCCGCGGGCGAGUUGGUAUUUGCAAAUGCAGUGAUGGUUGCUGUGCUGUUGUUCAUUGUUCAGAGCCUGUGGCUUUUACAUGAAUGAUUGGCUGGGAAUGCUUUCUUUUCAAUCCUGCUGGAUUUUAUACAUAGAAAUAACUAUUAUUUGAGCCUCUGUUUUUGUAAGUUCCGAUUCUUGUAUUUGGUUGUAAUCAUUUGACAAAAAUAAUAUAUUCUUUUCAGUGGUAAAAUGAUAUGAAAA